AUGAUCUUCUGGGCCGUGCCCCUCGAGCCGAGGGUCAUAUCAGAAAGUCGGCAGCCGAGCAAACAGGCGGCCAAACCGAACAGGCAGAUUAGCGCCGCCAGACCUGUUGCGAGCGACUUUUUCGACUUGGCACACCGUUUCUUAUCAUUCUUAAACGGUGCCGCUCUGUAGGAAAAAAGAACGAAAGACGGAAAAAAGAGACCCCGAGGCGUUUUCGAGUCAAGUAGACAUUCCAAUGGCUGGAGGACGAGUGGCGGCUCCUUGAGCUUUGUGUUUUUUGUCUGGAGUUCAAGAAUCGAAUUGUUUAUGUAUUAUUGAAAUCUAGGAGAUUUAAACAGUGUGGGAAGAAAAUAACGGAUGACAUGAAAUGAAAAAAUAAGAAAAAAAUUUGCUCUUUCGAAAAUUGAAAUUUGAACUUUGGUCCUGAAAAAAACUUCGUUCUUUUGAAAAUUCACCGAAAAAGACCUUAAAUUCGCAAUACUUCUUUCAGCCAAUUUUUGAACAUUUCUGAAAUAAUUUAUAAUUUUCUUGUGGCUGAUUUCAGUAAAUCUGAUUUUCUUAGUUUAUUCGAGUUUGGUAAUCGAGCCAUUUUUUGAUUGUGGAAACUUUGUGCUAAUUUUUCAGAAGAUCAAGUUCAUUUCUAAAUUGAUUAUUGGCUGAACAUCUAGAAAUUUUAAAUUGGAAAAACGCUUCCUCAAAAUAAUCCAAGUUUUCCAUUUAAGUUUCAUAAAAUUUGAUUUUUGAUAAGUUUUCCCCGACUCAUACUUCGAAAAGAAACUUUGAAAUCAAAACACAAAAAAUCUGAACGAGACUAAUUCUUUUUUUCUCAAAAAUUUGUUCUAGCUGAUCUCGGUCUUUUUUCUUUUCUAGUUUGAUGUGCAAACGAAUCGACCUUUUUUUUCUGUUUGUGCUCUCAAAUAUUUGCUCAAAGUGAACUAUUAGGCUACGCUGGACUGCAUGGUAAUUGGAAACGAUUCGACGAAAAAAAAAAGGAGGAAAAAAAUAAAUAUUUUUAUUUCAAAAAAAGUUAAAAACAAGAAUUUUUUUCGAAAAUUUCAACUUGCGGGGAUAUAUUUGAAAUUAUAUCUUUCUAAGUUGAGAUUCAGUUGAAAAAAAGCCCUCCGAUUUGAGGCUAAAGAUCGAAAAAAAUUGAUAAAAAGAUGAUUAUUCUAACACAUUUCGAUUUCGGUGUCGAGAAAAAUAUGGGAAACUUCCAAAUUCACAAUGAAAAUUUAUCGGAUUCUCCUAAUUAAGAAAAGAAAAGUACAGCAAUUAUUUCGAGACUCGGAGGGAAAAAGUAUAACCGAAUUCUAAAAGUGAACUUUGAACAAAUAUUGAACAUUGAAAAAUGAAAGAAACGGUUUGAAAAAAUUGAAAAAUGUUCAAGCGCGAAAAUUGGAUUUUUCAGCAAAUGCGUCGCCGUGCAUGAAGAAUUUCAGAUUACAGUAAGAAGACAAAUAAUUUUAAUGGUCUUUUCGUGACUUUUUUCGUUUUCACAAUUUCAUUAGUCUUUCCAGUUCUAGUAAGAGCUUCGAAAACUUGACUAAGACAUCUUGGAGCAUUUCUGUCUCAAUUUUCGGCAUUACCUAGUGAUUCUUCUAUUUAAAGAGGCUCUCUGCUCGCUCAACUUCCCUUUACUAUAAAAUCAAGCUUCCACUCUUGAAAAUUUCUCGGACUUUAUCAAAUUUCAACAAGAAGAAAAGGCCAGAGUCCAGUAGCCCUCAAGAAGGACAAUCGUUGCCAACUGACGUUGAGAAAUCGAGUUCCCAUUGUCCAUCUCGCUCGGGCACGCGGCCAAAACUCGCGAAUUGCGCAGUCCGAGUCGAACACAAAGGCCGCGUGUUUGCGUACAUCACACGCAAACAGCCGGGAAAACAUGCUGAAACGGCGUGUCUUGGGUGACGGUCGAAAUCAGUUGAUUUCCGUGGUUGUGGACCAGCCUCCUGCGGAAAAAGGUUGCCGUUUUUUUCUAAGAUGCGCCUGCGGGAAGGCGUGUGCCGCGCCGAGUACAUAAGCGACGAGGAACGCGGAAAGAAACACUAACGAAUUUCCAGACACAUCUUCCCAGCCAACCAUGCAGACCAUGUGAGUUACUUAUCUUGAUUAACUAAGACCUCAAGCCUUUUUGAGCUUCCUCUAAGCUCUCUUUUAACUAAGACUUUUGAAACGAACUGUGAAAAAUGACUGUAAAAAGAGACUUCGGAGGGGCUACGAAAUAAAAUUUUUCAUCUCCUUUUUGAAAAUGACCUCGAAGAAGGCAACCUUCCGAGCUUUUACCAAAACCUCCACUCUUAUUUUCAUCGAUUUCCUUGCAGCUCGAUGUUCGUCGCCAUCGGCCUCGCGGUCGCCACCUCGGCUCAAUUUGCCGCCUGGCCGGCCCAGUCCUACUCGCCGUUCUACCAGUCCUUGUUCGGAGCUGCUUCUUCGCCGGUCCUGUCGGCACCUCUCAACGGAGGAGUCGCGCCAGUCGCCGCCGCGCCGCCAGUCUUCGCUGCCCCAGCUCCCGUUCUGGCUGCUCCAGCUCCAGUCUUUGCUGCUCCAGCGCCAGUUUUGGCUGCUCCAGCUCCCGUCUUCGCUGCUCCAGCCCUCCCAGUCGCUGCUCCAGCCGUUGUUCGCGGUCCAGCCUACGCCUACGCUCCGUCGCCGGUCCUGGCUCCUCUCCGUUCGCCGGUCGUCGCUCCAGUCGCCCCAGCCCCAGUCUUCGCUGCUCCAGCUCCAGUUCUUGCUGCUCCAGCCCCAGUUCUGGCAGCUCCGCGAUUCGUCCCGGCUUACGCCCCUUUCGCCCGGUCGGCCAUGUUCAUCGGCUCCAACAAGGCUAAAAUGUUAGCUCUACCUGCUCUUCUUCCACCUAAACUCUCCAUUUUUCAGGAACUAA